CUGCAGCUUCCUACAAGUCAUGUGAUUUAAUGGAAACCAGAAACGUAUAGCUUCCCUCUGAUUGGCUGACAUGUACACUUGUGUAAUUUGAGUAACAAGUAUUUAAGACCACAACAUAGUGGACAAUAUAGCACAAGAACAUGAAUUUCAUCACUCUGGUGGUUUAAGAAUCCAAGACACAUCUUUUAUGUUAUUCAGCGCACAUCCAGCGUUCACUUGCGGCUUGGAAUCCAGAUUCAAUUCAGGAGGGGGGAAGGAGCCAUCAACCUGAUUAAAUGAGAUGACCUGAGUCAUUAUAUAUACUGGGAAUUUAGCAACAUGGUGCCAGAAGUAGCAGAAGAAAAAAAGGCAGCUCAACAAUCACCACUGCCUGCAAAAACAUGGAAACAAACACCACUAACAAUAUUGCUGACAGUCACAGUAUUUGCCGUAGUGGUAGAUAUGGCAGGAACAACAAGAGUAGCAGAAGCAGUAGUAGGAGCAGCAGCAGGAGUAGGCAUUUUACAAUUACUAUGGGAAGAAGAAGUACGAACAGGAGCAGUAGCAGUUGCAGGAAGCAUUGUAGGAACAGCUGCAGCAAUAUUGCGAUCAUUGGCAGGAUCACAAUCACUAACAGCAUCAGCAGUAGCUGGAGCGACAGCAGCAGCUGCAAUAGUAGCAGCUGCAGAAACACAAAUACAGUGGGUAAUAGAUAAAAUACAUUGUGCAAUAAGUAAGCUACAAUGGGCAGUACCCAUAGUAAAAAGUACAGAAGUAGCAAAAGACGCAUUACACACAGCAACAGGAAGUGGAGAAUCACAAUCAGCAACAACAGGAGGAGCUUUACAGGCACGUCCAGCAGUAUCAGAAGGAAUGACUGAAUUAUUUGGAGGAUCACUGGGAGCAGGAUCGGAAUCAGCAGCUUUUGGAAGACAAGCAGCUAGGGUGACAAAUGAAUCUCCUAAGACAGACGGAUCACUACAAACAGAUGAAUCUCCUCAGACAGACAGAUCUCCAGAGAUAAAUGAAUCUCCUAAGACUGAGCGAUCUCUACAAACAGAUGAAUCUCCUAAGACAGACGGAUCUCCACAGAUAAAUGAAUCUCCUCAGACAGACAGAUCUCUGCAAGCAAAUGAAUCUCCUCAGACAGACAGAUCUCCACAGAUAAAUGAAUCUCCUAAGACAGACAGAUCUCCACAGAUAAAUGAAUCUCCUCAGACAGACAGAUCUCUGCAAGCAAAUGAAUCUCUUCAGACAGACAGAUCUCCACAGAUAAAUGAAUCUCCUAAGACAGACAGAUCUCCAGAGAUAAAUGAAUCUCCUCAGACAGACAGAUCUCCAGAGAUAAAUAAAUCUCCUGAGACAGACAGAUCUCCAGAGAUUAAUGAAUCUCCUCAGACAGACAGAUCUCCAGAGAUAAAUGAAUCUCCUCAGAAAGACAGAUCUCCACAGAUAAAUGAAUCUCCUCAGACAGACAGAUCUCCACAGAUAAAUGAAUCUCCUAAGACAGACAGAUCUCCACAGAUAAAUGAAUCUCCUCAGAAAGACAGAUCUCCACAGAUAAAUGAAUCUCCUCAGACAGACAGAUCUCCACAGAUAAAUGAAUCUCCUCAGACAGACAGAUCUCUGCAAGCAAAUGAAUCUCCUCAGACAGACAGAUCUCCACAGAUAAAUGAAUCUCCUAAGACAGACAGAUCUCCACAGAUAAAUGAAUCUCCUCAGACAGACAGAUCUCCAGAGAUAAAUGAAUCUCCUCAGACAGACAGAUCUCCAGAGAUAAAUGAAUCUCCUCAGACAGACAGAUCUCCAGAGAUAAAUGAAUCUCCUAAGACAGAGCGAUCUCUACAAACAGAUGAAUCUGAUAAAACAAACGGAUCUCCACAGGCAGGUGAAUCUCCAAAAACAUACAAAUCUUCACCAAAAGAUGAAUCUCCUCUAAUGACAGAUUUACCUGAAAUUGCAAAUAUGAGUAUAACAGGGAACAGCAUCCCUGAGAAAAUGAUUAAAGAUUCUGAAUCAAAUGAUUCUGCAAAGAGAAAAAGCAAGGCUAUUGGAACAGAAGGUACCGGAAAAGAUAAAAAAAAACAACAGGAAGAGAAUCAAAGAGAAAAAAAUGAGCAUCUAUUUCACAGACUUCAUCUUCAAGAGAACAACAAACUGAGAGCUGCAGAUGUUCUUCAGAUAACGGCACAUUCAUUAUCUCGUGAGUCUUGUGCUGAAGAGAAGCUGUUUCAGACUUUCCUACAAAAACUACUCAUGAUGGACUACAGAGCAAGAUACAUUAAUGAGACCAAUGAACAGCAUCACACACAACAAAGACACACUGACUCAUUCAAACUUAAUGGUGAUAUAUUCAAAGCAAUGUCUUUGUCUAACAAAGGAACCAGUCAAUCUGAGCGAAUUCACCCAAUAGAUGUUCAGAUGGCUGUGUUUCAUUGUGCUGAUGGUUUCCUGAAACAGCUGAUAGUGACUAAACUGUCCCAGUGUCAGUACGCUCUGCCUCUGCUUGUUCCUGAUCCAUUCACACAACAGAUUGAGUUUCCUCUCUGGACAUUCAGACAAAUCAACAAGAGCUGGAAGAUGAGAAACAAAAACAACGAGAUCAUCAGUCAAACCCAGCCAAUCUACAAGGCAGAAACUCCAAUGGUGUUUUUCUUCAUUUUUGGUUCUGUGUCCACAUCCAAGUCUCAUCUGAUGAACAAUCUGAUCAAUGAGAAACACAACACGUUCUUCCACAGGAACUGCCCAGGCAGCAGCAGAACCAGAGUCCUGAUGGAUGGAUUGGUGGAGAUCGCCUGGUUCUGCCCCUCUGGGAAAUACACUGAUAGAUUCACUGACUGUGUAGCGUUCUGUAAUCUACACGGUGAUGCAGGAGACCAUGAGAAACAGCUGCAGAUCCUCACUGAAAUGGCCUCAGUCAAUGUUGUUCUCCUACCACAGCUUGACAGCAAUGAUAGAAGUGCAGCAAUAAUUCAAAAACUGUACAUGAGAAGCAAACCACUCAUUUGCCUUUUUACUGAGGAUGAAUCUACUCUCAUUGAGAUAGAGAAAGGAAAAUUCAAGAUUGGUUUAAAAUACAGAAAUCAGUCAGACGUAUCUGAAGAACUCAGAAUAGCUAUAAAUGAUUGUCUCUUAGAACCAUCUUCUGCUUUCAGGCUUGAAGAUGUGUCCAAAUACUCAGACAUCAUAGUAGAUGAGGAACAUGAUGAUGACUGCAGGAGAGGAAGAGAAGCAGCACAGCAGAUGAUGAGAUUACUGGAGAAUAAAGAUCUGACAAAAAUCAAAGAAUCAUUUCUGCCCUGUCAGGGGAAACUGUGGCAUCAGUGGUGCCAGAAGAACAAAGAACUACAUCGACCUCAAGCACAUGAGACAGAAACGGACAUCAGCAGAAAACAUACAGAACUAAAGGAAAUCCGUAAACAGCAGUAUAAAUCUGACAUCAGUGAGUUUAUGAACCUCUUUGUUAAAGGAGUGGACUCACAUGUUGAAGAAGAGAAGAUGUUUUUCCUUAAAUGGCUCAGAAUCCUCCUGGAUGAACAUACAUCAGCUGAUCUUUCUGCACUACAUCAAAAAUAUAAUAAAACAUGGUCAACAUUUGUAGAACUAAAAGACUUGAAAGACAAUGAUACAACUGAACAGCUCGACGCUAAACAAGCAGAACUUGAGCAAAUAUCAGAGAAACUUCAAGCUGCAACCUUUGGCUUGGAGCACAUCAUGAGGGAGAUCGGUCAGAUCUAUGAAUCAUCAUUUGUAAAAAAUGAGGAGAAGAAGAAAAACCUGCAGUUUCACUUCUCUUCUCUGCCGAGUCUUGCAGCACAGAUGAUGAUCUCUGGAUUUCCACUGGAGCUGAUGGAUGGAGAUGCCGCUCAUGUUCCUGUGAUCUGGAUCUCUGCUGUUCUAGAUGAACUCAUCCAGAAACUAGGAGACCAGAGAGUCUUUGUGCUGUCAGUUUUAGGGAUUCAGAGCUCUGGGAAAUCCACCAUGCUGAAUGCCAUGUUUGGACUCCAGUUUGCCGUCAGUGCUGGCAGGUGCACCAGAGGAGCUUUCAUGCAGCUGGUCAAAGUGUCAGAGGACAUGAAAAAACAACUGAACAGUGAGUCAGAUAAGAUGAAGAACCAAAUGAACUUUGACUAUAUUCUGGUUGUUGAUACUGAGGGGCUUCGUUCUCUAGAACUGGCUGGAAAAUCAACAAGACGUCAUGACAAUGAAUUGGCCACAUUUGUUGUAGGUCUUGGAAAUCUAACCUUGAUCAAUAUAUUUGGAGAAAACCCAUCAGAGAUGCAGGACACACUUCAAAUUGUUGUUCAGGCCUUCCUGAGGAUGAGGAAGGUCAGAUUGAAUCCCAGCUGUGUGUUUGUGCAUCAGAACGUCUCAGACGUCACCGCUGGAGAGAAAAACAUGGAUGGUAAGAGACGACUGCAGGAGACACUGGAUGAGAUGACAAAACUUGCUGCUAAAGAUGAAGUCUGUGAUGCAGAAUGUUUCAGUGAUGUCAUUGCAUUUGAUGUUCAGAAAGAUGUGAAGUAUUUUGCUCAGCUCUGGGAGGGCAGCCCACCAAUGGCACCACCAAACCCAAACUAUUGUGAGAACAUUCAUGAAUUAAAGGAAUCCAUUAUGUCUCAUGCCUCAAAAUCACAAAGAAUGAUGCUGAAAGACUUAAAAGACCGUAUUAAAGAUCUCUGGGAGGCUUUACUGAAUGAACGAUUCGUCUUCAGCUUCAGAAAUUCUCUGGAGAUUUCAGCCUACAAGAAAUUGGAGACCAAAUAUAGCAAGUGGUCCUGGAGUCUUCGCAGUGCCAUGAUGGAAACUGAGCACAAACAACACAACAAAAUAGAAAAUGAAGAAAUUCAUGAGAUUAAGGAGACUGAUCUUCAAAAAGAACUGAAGACGACGAGCGAAGAAGUGAAACAAUCAAUGUCAGAAUUCUUUGAGAAAGACAGAGAUAAAGAUAUACUGAUUCACUGGAAAACAUCAUUUGAAAUAAAAAUCAAAGAGCUUCAGGAAAACAUCGUGAGAGAAACAAAGAAGAAAUUAAAUGAGAUUCUUCAGCAGCGAGACCUGAAGAAAAAGAUUGAUGCUCAGAAAACACAUCAUGAAAAUACUAUCUAUGAAAAGAGCAAAGAACUUGCCUUAAAACUCAAAGACAAAACAAAUGAUAAAGAAACACUGAAGAAAGAGUUUGAUUUGUUUUGGGAACAGAGCGUGAAAAAGAUUGUCAGAGACACUCCUCCAAUUAAAGACAUUAACGUAAUGAGAGAUGUGAAACUCCUCCUCAGUGACAUCUAUAAAAGUGUUUCUGUAGACCACUGGGGGGAGAAGAGGAAUGUUUUUAUUGUGCAAAGUUAUAAUGAUUAUGUAAAGUUAAAAAAAAACAGUGGAAUUACAGGAGCUCUUACGAAUAUAUACAGAUCAACUAAAGAGAAGUUGGGUUGUAGUCUAUCUAGAGAGGACGAAGCCCAAAUAAGAUCAUUAAUCACAGACGUUGCUCUGCAGACAGACAACAUGAUCCAGUUAUUUAACAUUUCAAAGAUGGGCUACAACAAUAACUGUAUUCAACAACUCACAGAUUACAUCAAGGCAAAACUAAUACAACAUGAGGAAGGCCAAGUGAAAUAUGUGUUUAAGAAUGAAUUCUUCAGGGAUUUGGUUCUUUCUAUCUGUAAUAAUGCAAUCAAGACAUUCACUGACCAACACAGACUGUUCAGGGAUGUCAAUGAUCCUGAAAUAUAUGUUGAGAAGAAGAGAGAAGAGUACUACAGUAUUUUCCAGAAACAUAUCCAUGGAGCAACAUCAGCUGCCAUUUUUGGUGAGAUCAUAUGUCAGAAACUCAAAGAGCCCAUUGAGCAAAGUGUCUACAAGAAAACUGCCAGAGAUUUAGCAGGGGAAAUGAGAUCAAACUGUGAAUCGCUGAAUGGAAACAGAUCAAAACUGGAGAAGCACAUCCUGAAAAGACUGGCAGAAGAGGAGGAUUUUGACAAAUACAUGGUCUACAUUAAAACUCCCAGAGAUAAUUUCAAGAGUUUCAUCAGAGAUGAAGUCAGUCGGUACAUCACUGAUAAGUUCAGUGUCAGUGUUUUACCCAAAAUGAAAGAAAAUAUUGAACUCCUGCAGCAGAAGAUCAUAAAAGCAACACAUGAAUCUACUGAACAUGUUCAAGUGAACAAAGGAGAUGUUGGUAUGUGGUUGAAGAAUUUCAGACAGCGGCUCUCAGAUGAGCUAAUCUUCUCUGAAAAACACCUCAGUGGAGUGAAACAUGAAGAUGUUGAUGAUUUCAAUGUCCUAGAAGAUGUGAUAAGACAAGAACUUCCUGCUAUAAUGACUGAGAUAGUCAAUAGAUUCAACACAAAGAUAUUUGAUGAAAAACUGGAUGUCAAGCUCAGGCCAGAUGAGCUUCUGACUGAUCAUUUCUGUCAAUGCUGUUGGGUUCAGUGUCCGUUCUGUAAAGCUAUCUGCACUAACAGCAUAGAAAACCAUGAUGGAGAUCACAGUGUUCCUUUCCACAGAGUGGAUGGAAUCAAUGGAUGGCAUUAUAGAAUGACAGAACAUCUCAGUGCUGAUUUCUGCACUACUUUAGUGACAAGUGAAAAAAGAUUUUGGGUAUCAGAUGAGAGUUUUCCCUAUAAAGAAUACAGAAAUGCAAAAGGAGUUUUUGCAAAGUGGAGCAUCAGUCCUGAUCUCUCUGAACUGCCCUACUGGAAAUGGUUUGUGUGCACAUUUCAGAAACAGCUGGAAAAGCAGUAUAAUAAAAUGUUCCAAGGUAGUGGAAAGAUCCCAGAUGAAUGGAAAGAUUACAAAAUACAGAAUGCUAUUGAGAGUUUGGAUAAAUUAUUUUCUUAAACUAUAGAGCAGCAGCUAAAGUAUCUAAGCUUUAACUAUUUCUUUAAUAUCUUUGAUUUCUCAAAAAACUACUAUGGUAUCAAUCUUAUAUAUAUAUAUAUAUAUAUAUAUAAAUCUUAAGGAGUACAAAGCCAAAAGAAAAAGAAAAACAGGCUGCCUAGUGUCUAACUAGUCUAUAAAAGAAAAACAAAUAAACAACACAUUUCCACUCUAACUCUCUCACUGACCAUAAACAGGAAAAAAUAAAGAAAUAAAAGUGGCACCUACCUCCCUAUAGCUUUCACAAUUUGUAUGGUUCAAGUACACACUGGCUCAACCUCAAGCUACAACAACUGGAUAAGCACACAGUCUACAACAGUAGACAGCUAAGCACUCUGGAGAAAGAUCACAGCUAGUAGCACCCAAACCCUCUCUUCUUAAAUUCUAGGCUCUCUUCUUCCAACAUCCCAUCAUGGCAACCAAAUUCUCUUGAUCAUUAAUGGCUCAUCUCUACCGAGCAGUAUGGUUCAGCACAGUACAGUAUGGUACGAGUCGGGACUGAAGCAUCCUUAGAUCCUCACAUGCAAAUUGUGUGUGUUGUGUUUUAAUUUUCAUGUUUUUAAUUCAUUUAUAAUCAUUUAUUCACAUAAUCAUUAUAUAAUCAUUAGUCAUUCACAUGUUUUAUUAUUUGAUUAUUUUUAUCAUUUGAUUGUUUUUAUAAUUUAUCAUUAUAUCAUUUAAGUAUUUUUAUCGUUUAUUCAUUUAUUAUGUUCAUUCAUUUAUUACGUUUCUAUAUUUUAUAUUUCUUAUUAUUUUCCUUGCUUAUGCAUUUUCAUUGUUGUUCCAUCUCAUGCUUGUGGGGUUUCAUGAACUGUUUUGUCUGUAUGAAUGAGAGAUAGAUAAGAGGGAAUGUUUAUGGAAACCCAAGGUUUAUGGGAUGUUGUUGUGAAUCAUUUGAUAUAUUAUUACUUGCUAAAAUUGUAUUCAUCAGACAAAGUCUGAAAAUUGAGACAUACGCAACUAAGAUUGUUCAAUAAACUCGUUACUUUUUUACCAUCAUCAUUUCAUCUCCUGCUUCUGCUCUUCUCUGGUUUUCCUCGGUCAACUUCUUGACUGACAGAAGAUUGUUAAACACUUGUUUUGGGUUUUUGCAUACCAGACAAGACUUGCAGUUAACAGGGUUUGGGUAUCGACAGCUCUGCUGACUAGUUGUUCUGUUACCGGACAAACUGAUAUUUUCUAACAGGAUCUGGCGUCUGGGGCUGGAAUUAUCUGCCGUGGAGGCAUGAUCUAACAGGAUGUCUGUGAAAAGCUGUGCCCUGAAGACCUUGUGCUUAUAGUUUUACAUUGAGUAUAUCAAUAGAAUGCCAUAUGAAUACAGCAGUGCUGCCACCCAGCCAACAUUUGCAUGUGGGGCCCAUGUGGGUUUUACAUGGGCUGAAAAAGUGGGCCCAAAAUGGGAUUGUCCGUGGGUUCCAUAAUGGCCCAAUGCCAAUUGCCCACAUGGAUUUCAUGUGGGAUUGUACUUGCCAACAGGUGGGCCCCAACUGGGCAACAUGCGCAAGACCCAUCUUGGCCCCAGCUUUAUUUUUUAUGUGGGUACUACAAGGUUACUACAUGGGCUGAAAUAUGGGUUGUAAGUGGGUUUGUCCACUGGUUCCAUGUUGGCCCCAUGCAACAUACCCAUGUGGGUUUUAUGCAGGAUUUCCCUGGGCUUUAGGUGGGGCCCAACUAGGGAUGAUAUGCAAAACCCAUCUGGGUUCCAUCUAAAUAUGGGUUGUAAGUGGGUUUGUCCACGGGUUCCAUGUUGGCCCUGUGCAGCUUACCCAUGUGGGUUUUAUGCAGGAUUUGCCUGGGUUUUAGGUGGGGCCCAACAAGAGAUCAUAUGCAAUACCCAUCUGGGUGUUAGAGUGGGCCCAACAAGACAAUAUGCUUAAAAUUUCAAAUCUAUUGAAACUACCCAUCAUAUUAUGCUAUAUUCUGAUACCUAAUUGUUAUAAUUAAUGUAACUGUUAAAGUUAACACACAUUUUGAACCUGUAUUUGAACCAGUGUUUACUGAAAGCUUUGAACAUUUGCACAAGAAAAAAAAAACUGGGGACAGUUAGAAGCAGCAGCAACUAUACAUUUUUCAGUACUGCUUACACUGCAGACAGACAUUUGUGCAUUCUAGACACCCUCAGUCCUCCUCUGUCUCUUGUACCAAUUUUGAGAGUUCCCCCUCAGCUUCUUGCCGGUUGACCUUUGACAUCAGUGCAGUCUUCUAAAGAGCC